AUCAAUGACGUCAUAACUAAAAUCCGUGCAGAAGCUCCGCCCACUCUCUUCGGCGUGCAUGGAAGAAGAAAGAAAGCGGUUGGCGGAAAAACGCUGCAAAGAGGAGGCUUGUAAGAUACAGAGCUGCUUGCAAGCCAACAGCUACCAGGAGGGUAAGUGUGCACCAGAGUUGGCCUCGUUCCUCGAGUGUUGCGAGAGGCUGCCAGCUGACAUUCUCCAGUACUCCGUCUACUGCUCAGGAGCCUUCAAAAAGAAAAAGUGACGAGCAACAGUCAAAGAUGUCAGGAAGUAACGAGGACAGAGGCCGUAAAUCCACACUCUGGAGCUAUGUAGCCAGCGACAUAGUGGAAACUGCUCUCUUCACUCUUAGAAUGGGCACUAUACUAUCAACUUUCACAUUCGUUAUCUGUUCCCUUGGGAUAUAUGGACAUUUCAUGUACACUGCAUACCUCAAUGGCAUGAUGUCUGCCGUCCUCACGUUCACAUUAAGACUCUACCAGCGCAAGAAAGAGCAACAGGUCUCUCUCCUGAGUAAAGAAAUGUAUGUCAUGUUAGCAACCGAGGACAGCGCCCACUAUAUGCUCUAUACAUUCUUCUUCUACAACCAGUUCCCGACUUCCAUCUACCUCCUCCCUCCUCUGUUAUAUGCCAUCAUAUUCACACACAAAUACACUGACGGAAUGAAACGAUACCUUCCACCCACACUUCAAAGUUUGUUGCAGAGACUGAAUGAAAGACUGAGGAAUGGUCAGAGAGAUGUGUUCAGAUUCAUAGCCUACACAGAGAUCUUCAUCUUUCUUGUGGUCCUCUGGAAUGUCAUUAUAGGUCACAUGUUCUUCCUGGCUCCACUGCUCUACUAUUUCUUCCUCAAGAGUCGCUACCUCUCCAAAAGAAACCACUACAUCAAGAUCUGUUUCUCUGAACUGAGGUUUGCAGCUGACCAGCUGAGUGCCAGUCCGCGAUGCCCCUCUUUCAUCUCCUCGCUAAUUGCGGGGCUCGUCUCCUUCAUUAGUCAACUGGCCCCUAUACAACAAAUACCACAACAAGCCUGACGACUAUUGUUUGUGAUAUAUAGGAGAAAUUGAACACGAGAUUAUAUUAAAUAAAUAAUUGCGAGUCAGUCCCUCGAUGAUUAUCAACCUAAUGAAAGUGUCUCCCUAUGCAGUCUUGUAGCCGGUGGGAUUCUUUCUCUGCCAGUUCCAGGAGUCGGCACACAUUUGGUCGAGGCUUCGAGUGGCCUUCCAUUUCAACUCUGUCUCGGCUUUAGUUGUGUCACAGUACAUUUCGCCCACGUCUCCCUCCCUCCUAUGACACAGAACAUACGGUAUCUUCUUCCCGGAGGCCUUUUCCACGGCAGCUAUCAUCUCUAAGACGGACACGGAUUUCCCGGUCCCGAGGUUGUAUGCUCUGCACCCACAUUUUUCCUCCAGCUUUGCAAGCGCCGCAACGUGGCCCUGUGCUAAAUCAACGACGUGGAUAUAGUCACGUAGACCUGUACCAUCGCGUGUAGCGUAGUCUGUACCGAAAACCUUUGCUUCUUUUCUCUUCCCUACUGCAACUUGUGUCAGGAAUGGCAUUAGGUUUGCCGGAAUGCCGUUUGGAUCUUCUCCGAUUUCACCUGAUUCGUGGGCUCCAAUGGGGUUAAAAUACCGCAACAGGACAAUGUUCCAGUCGUUCUCGACCUGUGACAGAUCCUUCAACAUUUCCUCGAUGAAAAAUUUCGUCUUCCCGUAAGGAUUUGAGCAGGCGCCCGUUUCGUGAUUCUCGUCCAGGGGGAGGUACUUGGGAGUCCCGUAGACAGUAGCCGACGAUGAAAACAGCAGUUUUCCGACUCCAAACUCUUUCAUUACCUCGACUAGAUUGAGGGCAAUCCCAAUGUUUACUCUAUAGUACUUCAUUGGAUUCUCCACGGAUUCCCCCACGGCUUUCAGCCCGGCCAGGUGUAUAGCGGAGGAAAAAUUGUACUUUUUGAACACUUCUCUCAGGCCGUCUUUGUACAUCAUGUCUACGGGAUAGAACGGCACCUUCUUCCCGGAGAGUGCCUCGAUUCGGUGAAGGCACUCUGGAUGGGAGUUGUCCAGGUUGUCCACCACCACCGGGACGUAGCGGUAGUCCUUCAGGAGCUCGAGGACGACGUGGCUACCGAUGUAUCCUGCACCGCCGGUCACCAGAACGAACUUGGGCUCGUCUUCUUCGUGUCCCCGGCCGUUGACGUGGUUGGUAAGGCUUGCCAUGAGGUCUACAAGUAGCUGAGCGUAGGAGAGGAAGGGGGGUGUGCACUGAGACACUGCGUGUAGA